UGUCUUGAGCCCGGCCGUUCUCGGAGGUUUUGCCGAAAUCCUUUGGGCGCCUGGGCCCUUCAGAUUUGCCGGUUUCGGGCCGAGUUGGCUGCCGGGCUCCAAUGAGCGGCGGGGCUGUUUUCCGUGGAAUCUUCUAGUAUGGAACAUGAGACUGAAAAUAAUAGCUCAGAAUGUUCCUGAAGAAGAAAGUGUUUCCUUUGAGGUAGAAAUGGAAGGAUUUACAAGAGAGGGUCCCUGCUUCCCCAUUUUAGGUGACAAUUGGGACUGUGAGAACCAGGAAAGAAAUUCAAGGCAGUCUCCUUUAAUUGAUGAGAAAACAGAGGCUCAGGAAGCAAAUUGUGACCAUCAUAAUUUGGGGGAACAUUUGAGUACAAACUCAGCCCUUCUAGCAUCUCAGAGAGUUCCUACAACAAACAGCUUCCAUGUUCCUAACUCAGAUAUUAAAACUUUUGAUUGUGACCAAACCUUACAUAGUUGCCCCCAGAAUUAUACAUUUAAGGGAACUGGUGAUGAUGAUGCUUGUGAAAAAGCCAUCCAUCCUUCCAUGGAAGUCACUCAACUUGUAAGAAACCAAACGAGAGAUAAACCCUAUAAAUACGCAGAAAGUAUUAAAUCUAUAAACCACUUUACCACUGCCCUUUGUGAUAAAAAAAUUAAAAAAAGAAGCAAGAAAUUUUACAAAGGUAAAGACUUUGGGGACAUCUUGGCCUUGAGCUCAUCUCUUAAUGAAAAAAGAAGUCAUUCUACUGAGAAACCCUAUAAAUGUGCUGAAUGUGACAAAUGCUUCAAACGGAACUCUUCUCUUGUUUUACACCAUCGAACUCACACUGGUGAGAAACCUUAUACCUGUAAUGAUUGUGGAAAAUCAUUCUCCAAGAACUACAACUUGAUUGUACAUCGAAGGAUUCAUACAGGAGAGAAACCCUAUAAAUGCAGUAAGUGUGGGAAAGCUUUCAGUGAUGGAUCAGCUCUGACACAACACCAGAGGAUUCACACAGGUGAGAAGCCUUAUGCAUGUCUAGAUUGUGGAAAAACUUUCAACAGAAAUUCAUCCCUGAUUUUGCAUCAAAGAACUCAUACAGGGGAAAAACCGUACAGAUGUAAUGAAUGUGGGAAACCCUUCACUGACAUCUCUCACCUUACUGUGCAUCUCAGAAUCCACACUGGUGAGAAGCCUUAUGAGUGUAGCAGGUGUGGAAAGGCUUUCCGAGAUGGCUCAUACCUCACUCAGCAUGAGAGGACACACACUGGAGAGAAGCCUUUUGAAUGUGUAGAGUGUGGAAAAUCCUUCAAUCGCAACUCUCACCUCAUUGUGCAUCAGAAAAUUCAUUCUGGGGAGAAACCCUACGAGUGUAAAGAGUGUGGGAAAACUUUCAUUGAGAGUGCAUAUCUCAUCAGGCAUCAGAGGAUUCACACUGGUGAGAAGCCUUAUGGUUGUAACCAGUGUCGUAAACUCUUCAGGAACAUCGCUGGACUUAUCCGGCACCAGAGAAUUCAUACUGGUGAAAGGCCUUAUGAGUGUAAUCAGUGUGGUAAAGCUUUUAGGGAUAGCUCCUGUCUGACCAAACACCAGAGGAUUCACACUAAGGAGACUCCGUACCAGUGUCUGAAGUGUGGAAAGUCCUUCAGGCAGAACACUCACCUGGUAGUACAUCAGAGACUUCAUAACAGAGAGGGUCCCAGCCAGUGUCCUCACUGUGGAAAAAUAUUUAGAAGGAGCUGGUGUCUUGCCCGACAUCAGAGAACACACCUUGAAGAGCAGCCCACGGAAACAUAGUGGACAUGUGCCAUACUCUUCUUGAGUGAACAAAGGAUUUGUCUUCAGAUGUGACUUCCCUUGCUAACAGAAAAGAAUUCUUUAUAAAAAUAUUGAAUAUGACAUAUUCUAUAAUUGCAUUAUACUGUUAUUAGGGAACUCCUGAAGAGAGGAUCGAAUGGUAAUCAAUAUAGUAAAGGCUUCAGGGAUGAUUCAGCCUAUACCAAACAUGUAAUUCAUACACUGAAAUAAGUGAGGAAGGCAUUUUCUUAGAGAUACCCCUCUAUCUUUACAACAGGAUACUGAAAUUGGAAAGAACCUGUGAAUUCAUUCAGUAGGUAACCAGUAGGAGACAUUUUUAAUAGUAUCAUCUUAUUGUAUACAAGCAAAUGCUUAUUAGAGUCAAAGUUUGUAAGUGUUAUUUGGAAGCAACACUUUUGUCAGGAGUUUUUACUGUCCACAAAGGCAUAGUGGUGGGAUGUCUCACACAAUGCCCUACAAACCACCACAGGAUGUAGCAGGGUUUGCUGUUUGAAUGCACUUCUGUUUUAUGGUGCUGCCAAAACACAGAUGACUCAUUUAAUGAGGUGAAACUGGAUAUAGGAGUUGCUUGUGAUUGAGAUGAAGUUGUCCCUCUUCAGACUAAAAUAUUCUUCAUGAUGGAAAGGGCUGCUUCUAAGAAAUAGGAUCCAUUGCUAUAGGUGUUGAACAAGAAAAUACUGAAUUGUAUUUCAGUUAUCACCUGCCUUCACCGUUGUUGAUCAUUUUGGAUACUAAUUUGUGUAGAAUUCAGGUCCUUUGAAGCAAAAUCCAAAGGUUUCAUUGCCAUCCUAAAAAUACUUAGAUCAUUGCAAAAGAAGGCAUAAAAGUAGAUUUAUUAUUACAAUCAUGUAAACAUGUUCAUAUUUGGCUGUAGGUUAGCAGUGGAUGAUGGUGUUAAGUGGUUUCUUAGGAGACUACAAUUGUGUUCUUUUUCCCUUUUAUUUAUGCUUUUUUUUACAUAAUAAUUUGGUAAUGUAUAUAAAAGUGAAGCUAAAGGAAACAAAUUUGGAGUUUUCUUGGAUCUUCGCCAGUGAAUAGAGGCCAAAGAUACUGUCAGACAUCCUAUAAAGGCUAGAUUAUGGCUACAGGAAGCCAUAAGCAGCUCCAGGUGUAUAUUGACAGACACUUCUUUGGAAUCAGAGCAUCCCAAAGCCUAGAAUAAUUUCUUUUAGAAUUUUGGAUAUAAAGAUUAUGGCAUUGUGGAGGGAGAGGUAUAAGAGUCUAAGGAUAGGGAAGAGAAAGUUACAGAAAAAUCUAGAAUAAUCCUAGCAUGUCCUUGCUUAGGGUAGUGUUAGCUGACUGAAAGCUAGACAGUUUUGUUGAAAGCUUCAAAGGCCUCUGAUUCCUCCUGGAAAUUUUGACUUGAUCCUGUCUUCUAUCUUUUGAUUCCUGUGGAGAGAGAAUCAUAAGUCUAUUUUGAGAUGAUUAAGGCUGUUGAGUAGGUUUGUAAGGAAGUUUAGACAACUUAGUCUUCUGUAUGCAUGCCCUUGACAGCAGGAUGGUUAUCAGAUGAUGGGGAUGGAGAGAUAGUGGUAGAGAGUGCUUGUUAUUCUUCCAGAAGACCUGGGUUCGGUUCUAAGCACUUGUAUGAUGGGAAGGUACUGGUGCCUAGUGGGUAGAGGCCAAAGAUACUGUUAGACAUCCUACAAAAGUAGCCCUUGGAACAGUUAUUUCAGAAUAUUAAGAAUACUGUGAUUGGGAUGCACACACAUGCACAGACAGAGCACACAAUCAUUUGUAACUUGCAGAUUGUCUCUAUAAUGUUAUGUGUCUGAAUAAGGCAUUAGCAAACACCUAGUGGACUGUCUGUAUCACUUAAGGCCAAGCACUUUGGUGUCUGUUACUCUCAAGUAAAACAUGCAUGUACCAUUAGUGUUAGUAGUGUCCCUGCUUCUUGAUCCUACAUCUCAGAUUCUGGAACAGGAAAUCUUCACUAAGCCUGCUGUGGCCUGAGGGAAGCACCUCAAGGAAGAGGCAUCCACUCUGAAGUUGUAGUGAGUCCACAUGGGGUUUGUGUGAGUGUGAAUUCUUUCCCCUUGUUCUUUUCUAAAAUUAGUUUUCUCAGAUCAGGAAAAACUGCCGUCAUGAAAAUAACUACUGUGUAGAAGAUGGACACUUUUGACUAAAGAGGGAAAGGUGAGAUUUGAACUGGGAGAGUUCCAGAUGACUUCCAGUACAGCCUGGACAAUUUUUGGUGGUAGGCCAGAAUGGUUAGGGAAAAAGACAAGAGAGUAUACUGGAAUAUCAGGAUGAGUACCAUUUAAUCACACAGCCCUUAAAUAGGUAGAGAACUUGGGCUAGAAUCAGAUGGAGAAGUGAAGGUAGAAUAUUUAAAGAAUAAACAU